AUGUCCUUCGACGGCAUCCCCGAGAACGUCGCCGCCGUCGUGUUCUCGCACGUCACGGAUCCGCGAGAUCGCAUCAGGCUCGCCGCGGUGAGCAAGGUGUGGAGGGACGCGGAGAAGUCUGACGUGUCGUUGCCCGGGGGCUCUCCGAGGGCGUUGUACAAGCUCGGUAAAGGGCUUUACGACGCGGGGAAGUGGAAGCGCGUGAUCUACUGGUGGCGUAAGGCGAUUGGAGACGUUCACGCCAUGUACUGGAUCGGACGCUGCUACAACAGCGGGACCGGCGUGAAGGUAGACCGUAGGAAGGCGGUCAAGUGGUGGGAAAAAGCGUCCGGGUGUGGGCACGCCGACGCGACCUACCGCCUCGCGAACUACUACUUCUACGGCCUAUAUUCCCGCGUGGAGCCAAAUGCAGCGAAGGCGAUCGAACUGUACGUCAAGGCGGCGGAGCAAGGUUCAGAAUUUGCCCCGUACGAACUCGGGAACAUCUACUACAGCGGCGAGUACGGCGUGGCGGAUAACAAAACGGAGGCGCUGAAGUGUUUUCGCGUCGCGGUGGAGCGCGGCUACGGCACCUUCGCGCUACGGUGGGUGGAAGAACUCGAGGACGAGCUCGCGGAGGAAGCGGCGGCGUGA